AUGUUGGGCACCGUGAACUUGCACAACCCGUCCACCAUCGAUCUUGACCGCGACAGGGCCAGAUCCCCGACGACAAAGCUCCCCAUGAAGCCGUACACGAACCCCCUCCCCGCGCCGCCCCCGUCCGCCCAGCGGCCCUUUGACCCGUGGAACUCGUCGUCCACAGGUCACCAGCGGCGCGAGGCGUCCCGCCGCGAAACGGACGGCGUGUCCGAGACGGCGUGGCGGGCGGCGCGCACGGCCAAGCUGAACAGGCAGUUUCAGACCCAGGAACGCGUCCUGCCGCCGCCGCCGCUGCCUGACAGCAAACCGCUGCUGCAGAGAAAGAGCGUGGCGGAGAUGCUGGCCAAGCCGGGUUCGAUGAACUCGGUAAACUCGAAGCAGAGCAUAGUGUCGGACAAGGCAGACAGCAACGAGCAACGAGGCCCGCGGUUGUUUACCGGCAUCGUCGUCUACGUCAACGGCAGCACCGCACCGCUCGUCUCCGACCACCACCUCAAGACGACGCUCGUCGCGCACGGCGCGCGCGUGGCGCUGCACCUCGCCCGCCGACAGGUCACGCACGUCGUCCUCGGACGCCCGGCCGGCGGGCUGGCGGGCACCAAGAAGGACAAGGAGAUUCGGAGGCGCGGCGGCUGCGGCAUCAAGUAUGUUGGUGUUGAAUGGGUCUUGGAGAGCAUCCGCGCUGGCACGAGGCUCCCCGAGGCGCGCUUCGCUCCCGUUGGCCUCGCGCCCCAUGGCCAGAACAGCGUCUACGGCAUGGCUAGGGAAACCGCCCACUGCUUGUCGGGAAAGGAAAAGGGUCAAACGGGGGAUACGAAUACUGCUUCUCGAGACGGAGCCUGA